UUGCCACAGGAAUUCUACUGGUGUUUAAUGGUAACAUAUAAGACGGUUCAUUCUCUCUGAAAUUUCUCUCAUCCAUCAAUCCAGCCAGCCAGUCAAACAGUAAAUAAUUUUAACACACAAAUAGCACUAAGCAACCGGGAAAGGUUAGGAUAUGUCUAUUUUGGUAUAUACAGUGAAGUACGGAUUUAAGUUGCUUUUAUCGGAUAGAUAACUAGGUACUCUUGCACCAUUCCCGAAUGUGCUGUCAUUUCCCCAUUACCAAAGAAGACCUCCUUGAUCAUAAACUGUGGACUAAUUUAUGUACAUCAGGGUUUGCCUCUGGGCUUUCUCUUCUGUUCCAGAGACCCGGCACCAGAAUAUUUAAAUCACUGUGGCGUUAAAUACGUUUUAAUAUCUGAUAGGGCCAGUUUCUGCGCAUUGCACUUUUUUUUUUUUUUUUUUCCUUUCAGGAACGAGUUCGGGCCCGCGGCAGGGGGCGGGGUCGCGCCUCCGCCGCGGCUCUGGUUCCAGCCAAGCCUCGCCGGUACAGAGAUGGAAAUCCCGAGGCUACUCCCGGCUCGCCGGACACCACAGGGCGGCGGCGGCCGUUGCCCCGCGGGCGGCGGUGGGGUCCACCGAGGCCCUGACCCGCCAGCCGGUCAGGCCCCGGCACGCCACCUCCUACUGCUCCGGGGGGCCCAAGAUGGCGGGCCCGGGCCGCGGAGCGAGGAGGCCCUCAGGGCCUCACGGGGCCUGGGCCCAAGCCCGUUGGCGCUGAGGCCGGAUCACCCGAGCGGCGGCGGCGGCGGCGGCGACGACUUCUUCCUAGUGCUGCUUGACCCGGUGGGUGGCGACGUGGAGACUGGGGUCACCGGUCGGGACGAAGGGCCCGUGUGGAGGGAGGAGACCGAGGCAGGCCUGGGACCCCAGGGGGAAGAGAGCAGCCUGAAGCCCGCGGGCCGCCCUGCGCUGAGCCCCCACUGCCCAUCCGCGGUCCCAGUCCCGGCCCCAGUCCCCGCCCCGGGCCCGGGCCCAGGCCCCGCCGCGGCCUUCUCAGGCACCAUCACUGUCCACAACCAGGAUCUGCUCCUACGCUUUGAGAACGGCGUCCUCACCCUGACCACGCCCCCGCUGCCGGUCUGGGAGCCAGGGGUCGCGCCUUUCCAUCAGGCUGGGGGUCUAAUCGCCCCGCCAGCCGGAUUCCCGCACCUGGCACAGCUGGGUGACUGCCCUGAGCUGCCGCCCGACCUCCUGCUGGCGGAGCCAGCGGAACCUGCGCCAGCCCCUGCGCCGGAGGAGGAGGCUGAGGGCCGGGCCUCGGCCCAGGGCCCCGGUGGGCCGCUGUGCCCUGGCCCAGGCGUGGUGUUGUACCUGUGCCCUGAGGCGCAGUGCGGACAAACCUUCACUAAGAAGCACCAGCUGAAGGUGCACCUGCUGACUCACAGCAGCAGCCAAGGCCAGCGGCCCUUCAAGUGCCCCCUGGGCGGCUGCGGCUGGACCUUCACGACAUCUUACAAGCUCAAGAGACACCUGCAGUCUCACGACAAACUGCGGCCAUUCAGCUGCCCAGUGGAAGGCUGUGGCAAGAGCUUCACCACCGUGUACAACCUCAAGGCGCACAUGAAGGGCCACGAGCAGGAGAACUCCUUCAAAUGCGAGGUGUGUGAGGAGAGCUUCCCCACGCAGGCCAAGCUCAGUGCCCACCAGCGCAGCCACUUCGAGCCAGAGAGACCCUACCAGUGUGCGUUUUCCGGCUGCAAAAAGACAUUUAUCACAGUGAGUGCCCUGUUUUCCCAUAACCGCGCCCAUUUCAGGGAACAGGAACUCUUUGCCUGCUCUUUCCCUGGCUGCAGCAAACAGUAUGACAAGGCCUGUAGGCUGAAAAUUCACCUGCGGAGCCACACGGGUGAGAGACCUUUCCUGUGUGACUUUGACGGCUGUGGCUGGAACUUCACCAGCAUGUCUAAACUCUUAAGGCACAAAAGGAAGCACGAGGAUGACCGGAGGUUCACGUGCCCUGUAGAAGGCUGUGGGAAAUCUUUCACGAGGGCUGAACAUCUGAAAGGCCACAGCAUAACCCACCUGGGCACAAAACCUUUUGUGUGUCCCGUGGAAGGCUGCUGUGCCAGGUUCUCCGCUCGAAGUAGUCUCUACAUUCACUCCAAGAAACACCUGCAGGAUGUGGACACUUGGAAAAGCCGUUGCCCUGUCUCCACCUGCAAUAAACUCUUCACAUCCAAGCACAGCAUGAAGACCCACAUGGCUAAAAGGCACAACCUGGGCCAUGAUCUAUUAGCUCAACUAGAAGCUGCAAAUUCCCUUACGCCCAGCAGUGAACUUACCAGCCAGGGACAGAACGAUCUCAGUGAGGCAGAGAUUGUGUCGCCCUUCUCCGACGUGCCUGGCAACAGUUCUGCUGCAGUGCUGGACACGGCAUUGGUGAAUUCUGGAAUCUUGACUAUUGAUGUCGCUUCGGUGAGCUCAACUCUGGCAGGGAACCUCCCAGCCAGUAAUAGUAACCCCUUAGGGCAGGCUGUGGACCCUCGGGCCUUGAUGGCCACCAGUGACCUUCCUCAAAGUCUGGAUACCUCUCUCUUUUUUGGAACAACAGCCGCUGGCCUUCAGCAGGGCCCCUUAGAUAUGGAUGAUGUCUCCAGUGUAAGUGUGGGGCCAUUGAGAUCUCUAGGCUCUUUGGCUAUGAAAAACUCCAGUCCAGAGCCCCAGCCCCAGGCUUUGACACCCAGCAAUAAGCUAACAGUGGACACAGAAGCUCUGACUCCUUCGAGUACCCUUUGUGAAAACAGUGUCUCAGAACUACUGACACCAACCAAAGCGGAUUGGAAUGUACACCCCGACUCUGACUUCUUUGGACAGGAGGAAGAAACCCAGUUUGGUUUCUCCAAUCCAGCAAGAAACCAUGGUUCUCAGAAAGAAACAGAUCUUAUCACAGUGACCGGCAGGUCAUUUUUGGUAUGAACCAACUCUUAUUUGUUAUUUAUUAUAUGUGGCUUAUUUUUCUUUCACUCAAUUUUGAGGGUACUCGGUACUGAAUGCUUAAACGCAGUCACUUCCUACUGGUUUGCAAAAGAACACAUCCCUGGACUACAAGUUUGGAGAUUUAAAUUCUGAUCUUGAGUCUGGAAAUGGCACGUUCUGUGACCCUGAACAAGUCAAUUAACCUGUCUGAGCCUUAAUUUCUUUAUGUAUAAAAUGAAGUAGUUUGAAUAGAUUGUUUCUAAGGUCUUUUCUGCUCUGUAUUUCUUUGCUAAUAUGUUUUUUCCCUGAAAAAUAUAUGGAGAUCUUUCACUGAUUAUGUUAUAUGUAUGUUUGUCAACAUGUGUUGAAACAAUAUCCAUGUUCUGUGCACCCGACUUCAAUAAUUAUUAUUACACAAUCUUAUUCAUCUAAUAGUUUACCUUCUUCAUCCUUCAGUGUUCUUUAGGAACAUAUUCCAGAUAUACACAUAUAUAUAUAUAUGGUAUAUCUAUAGGUAUAUAGAUAUAGAUCUAUAUAGAUAUCUAUAUCUAUAUCUGAUAUAUAUGAUAUAUAUAUAUCCUAUAUGCAUAGAUUUCUUUAGAAGAAAAUUAUAAUUCCAUUAAUCAUAUUUAACAUUAACAGUAAGCCUUAAUAGCAGUGAAUAUCUAGUCAGGUUUUAAAUUUCCAUCUGUCACAUGAAUGUUAGUAGUUUUAAUAAUUUUGAUAUUUGUUACCUUGGUAAAUCUUACAUGUGUUUUUCAUCUAUAUGUUCAUCUUUUGUCUUUUUCCUUGCAUUUUAUUCAUUUAAAAAUUAAUUCAUUCUGUAUGAAUCAUUUGCCAUAGUCUAAGUUUUGCUAAGUAUAUCUUUGUGAUGGGAUUCACUUUCUUCUAUUGUCUUUUCUGAACUUAGUAGUUAGUUCCACAGACUUGAUAGGAUUGCAAAAUUUUUUUAUCACAAAUGUUUCCUAAGUUGUAUUGUGUUUUUUCACUAGGUGGCUCAUAGUGUCUAUUUUUCUCCUGUGUUGUUUUAGUAGCAGAUUUGGUCAAUACAUUAAUAAUUGUAUUGAUUUUCAAUAUUAUGGAUUACUAAGAAUUACUAAGUAUUAUGAAAAGAGGAAAUGCUGUUUAAGACAUUUUAAUGGUUUAUUAGAAACACUGUUCAAUGCUAAAGUAUUUUCUUAAAUGGUGAUAAAACUAACAAGAAAAACAUAGCAAAAAAUAUGUUGGCUAUUAUCACUGUUUAUCUUCCUAACCUCUUUGGAUGGGAGGAAGCUGUUUUUUGGAAUUGACAUCCCAGUCUUUUAUGAGAAACAAACCAAUUUGUGUUUUUGGACAAGUGCUAUUAAAUAAGUUAAUCUCACUAGGCCUCAAUUUCCCAGCUAUUAACAGAUCAUAGCAAUGCGUAUACAUACCUAAUAUACCGGCUUAGACUUUCUCCACUCAAGUUUUCUGAAUAUAAGUAAAAAAUGUCAUGUUUUGUUGUAUUUUGAUGAUUUAUAUUUUUGCUCCCUAAAUCUUUCUUACUUUAAGAAAAAAAAUUAGGAUCACUAACUUAUUCAUGUACCAAAAAUAAAGAUUCUUGAAAUUUAAGGUGAAACAGGAAAAUAAUUUCUUUUAUAACUAUACUGAACAAAUUUUCACCCCAGAAUUUGUUGUAAAUUCCAGGAAUGGAAACAUCGCUCACAUUUCUAUCUGCAAACUUCUAUUUGAUUCAUUUGUUAACAUCUUUGCUCUUUUUUUGAUGUCAGGCUUCUCUUUUUAAAACUUUUAAAUUGGUAUGUUUGUGAUGCAUAGUAAUUACAUUUAUUGUGAGGUAUUGUCACAUGCACAUAUGGAAUCUUGAUCACUUUUCAACCCCCUCUUCCCUCUUCCUCCUUCCCCAGAUCACCUCAUCUCCAUAGUGUCUAUCUCCCAAUUUCUUAGCAUCUUUGUAUUAUUUUACUGUUUAAAUUAUUUAUAUUAUGGAUCUCUUAUAUUAGAGAAACCAUGCAGUAUUUAACCUUCUGUGGCUGAUUUAUUGCAGUUAGUAUUAUGGUCUCAAGACCAUCCAUUUUCCUACAAAAGGCUUUUCUUUAACUGUGGAGCCUGUGGUUCAGUGAAGAUCUAAUAAUGGAGUACAUGAAGUUUUUCCUGCCUGUGGGUUGGAGAGCUUUUUGUUUACAGAUUUCCAGCAUUGAAAGAAAGGAAAUAAUAAAUCUGAAUAUUGUGUAAACUUUCUGUUACUUGAGUAUAGCAUAUUCAGUUUGUUGAACAUCUUCACAACUUGUGUCUUGUUUGUUGCUCAAAGCAAACCCUAACAAAUAGUUUUUGGAAUAGUUGGUGUUUUUCAUAUUAUAAUUUAGUUAGCUCACAUUCUACCUGGGUUUUGACUAUGGUAGAUAAGUGUAUAUACAGCUUCAAACAAAGAGGAGGAAUUAUUUUUACCUUCCCCAUCCACUCAUACAACUUUCAAUGUUCAUUCUUGUAUCAUAACUCAUUGCUGUUUUCUACUUUAGUUUCUGUUACCUUCUGCUUACUUUUCCCUACCCCACUCCCUACCAUGUACAUUGCAUUCCUUGACACACUUUUCCUUUUUUUUUCACUUUUGCUUUUUCCUUAAUGGAUAUAUCUCUGUCCUGCUAUUAUCUCUGACAUUCUCCUCAUGGUACAUUUUCUUCUAAUGCUAACAUUUGUUGUGUAUAUAAUACACUUCUAUGUGUACAGUAAGAAGAUAUUUUCUUAGUUUAGGUAAUACUAUAUGUAUAUAUGAUCAUAAAAAAGGUUAUUUUCUAUAUUGUUCACAUGAGAAGUGGAUUCUGUUUAUUUCCAUUUCUAAAAAGUUUUUCCUAGGGAGUUCUGCUAAUAAUUGCUUAUUUGCUCUGCUGUACUCGUCCAGUAAUGUUUGACUGUAGAUGUCUGUGGAUGACAGUUGUUAUAGCACUUUGGAAGUGCACUAAAAAUUUACCACUAUGAAAUGUUCCAGAAUUGUGUAUGUCUUACAUACACACACACCUCUACAUACAUUCACAUAUAUAUUAGAAGUGGUUGUAUUCAUCUCGUGAAAAACAAAAAAUAGGCAUACUUUUUUAAGUUGGACAAAUGCUUGGAAUUUCUUUGUCCAUUUAAUAGUUUGCCUUGUUUGCUUUGGACAUAUUUGUAACAAUAAAGCAUAUUCCAAAAAUGUUAUUCAUUAAAGCCUCUUAAAUACA